CUUCACAUAGUUCCUUCAUAAAUGUUAGGAUUAGUUAGAAUUCUGAUUCUAUUUAACGUUUUUUAAUAAUACGAUUGGUCAGAUCCUGGUAGAGGAUUGUAUCAUUGUGUAGUCUUUUUUAAGAGUGACAGAGUUAUAUUAUUAUAUAAAAAUAAAUAAAAUAGUGCAUUGUGUAACAAAAUAAUCAUAAGACAAGAUGUCUGAAGAUGAAGUAGAAAGCUUUGAAAUUACUGAUUAUGAUUUAGACAACGAAUUUAACAUUAAUCGUCCUCGACGCAAGCUUUCGAAGAAGCAACAAAUGCUAGUAACAAUGUUCUCCGAUUUGAACAUAGGAAUAUGGGCAGAUGACAGCGAUGAAGAUGAAUUAUCUGCUAGACCAUCUUUCAAGACUUACAACAAGGGUCCCAAAAAUUAUACAGCGCCAGUUAAUUUUGUUGCUGGUGGUAUCCAACAAGCAGGAAAACCAAAAGAGGAAGAUAAUGAUGACAAGGAAGAUGAAGAAGAGACAAGAGAAUCUCAAACAAAACAUUACAGUGAUUCCAGCUCAGAAGAGGAAAGACCAAGUAAUAUGAAAUCACGUCCAUCUUUCUCUUUGAAAUUAGACAGCGACAUUGCAGGUUUGCGUAAAAAACGCAACCAAGUAAAUCCAUUAUUAAUGAAAGGUGGAAUGGGUAGUUGGGAAGUACAUACAAAGGGUAUUGGUGCUAAAUUGUUAUUACAGAUGGGAUUUGAACCUGGCAAAGGUUUAGGUAAACAGCUACAAGGAAUAAGCACUCCAGUAGAAGCGCAUCUCAGAAAGGGAAGAGGUGCUAUUGGUGCUUAUGGUCCAGAAAAGGUACCAAAAAUUCCAGAAAAAAAGAAAGAGGAGGAUGGAGAAGAAACAAAAGAGUCUAAAAUAUCUCAAUGGCGAAAGGGCGAUAACAGUAAUAAAAAAAAAGUUAGAUAUUGUUAUAGAAGUGUGGAUCAAGUUUUGGAAGAUGGAAAGUUGAAACCUAACAGAAAGCUCCCAAUAUCUAGUGAUAUAAGUAGAGUUAAAGUUAUCGAUAUGACAGGGCCAGAGCAGAGAAUUCUUAGCGGGUAUCAUGCGAUAGCUGGUGGUCAGCAAUGCCCUGAUGAGAGUAUACCUACAUCUGAUAAAAAAUCUAAGGAGAAUUUUGCUUUGCCCGAAUUGCAGCAUAAUUUAAAUUUACUUGUGGAUAUGUGUGAGCAGGAUAUAAUACAAAACGAUCGACGAAUGAGACAUUUAAGUGACAGAGUAAUUGCUUUAGAAGCGGAAAAUAAGAAUUUAUCGAAAGUCGUCGAUCAACAUGGCCAAUCAAUUAAUACCUUAGAGAAUGUGCUCGAGAUUGUGGGUAGGUUAAUGAAUGAAACGAAUGAAUUGUCUCUGCAAGAAAUUGCGGAAGCUUUUAAAAAUUUACAAAACAAUUAUUAUGAAGAGUACAAAAUGUACGAACUUAACGAAUUGGCUAGUAGUUUUGUCGCGCCAAAAAUAAAAGAUUGCUUGCUCAGUUGGAAUCCACUCUUGCAACCAAAACAACCAAACAAAUUAUUUGAACAGUGGAAGUGUAUUUUGGAGAAUGGAAUUAGUAAUACUACACUUCAAACACGGACUAUGCAGCCAUACGAUCAAUUAGUGUGGAACGCGUGGAUGCCAUCGAUUAGAGGAGCCAUACAGCAGUGGACGUGUAGACAGCCUGACCCUCUGAUUGAACUAAUAGAACAUUGGAUGCCGUUAUUGCCCAACUGGAUCUUAGAAAAUAUAUUAGAUGUAUUAGUUUUACCAAAAUUGACAUUGGAGGUGGAGGAAUGGAAUCCUCUUACAGAUACUGUACCCAUCCAUACAUGGAUUCAUCCUUGGUUGCCAUUAUUACGAAAUCGUUUGGAUACUUCAAUUUAUCCAAUAAUACGCAGAAAGCUUGGAUCUGCAUUAGGAAGUUGGCAUCCAUCGGAUAGAUCCGCUAGAUUAAUGUUGCAACCUUGGGCAGAAGUAUUUACCAAGGGAGAUAUGGAAGCGUUUUUAGUCAAAAACAUUGUACCAAAAUUACAAACAGCUUUAACACAAUUUGUCAUAUAUCCACAUCAACAACAUAUGGAUCCAUGGAAUUCGGUGUACGAGUGGAAGGAAUUGAUUCCUGUUCAUAUCAUGGCAGGACUACUCAAUAAAUUUUUUUUUCCAAAGUGGUUGCAAACUUUGGCACUGUGGCUCGAUCAUUCGCCGAAUUAUGAUCAAAUUAUAAACUGGUUUAUGGGUUGGAAAAGCAUAUUAAGCGAUAAGUUACUGGCGGAACCAACAAUAAAAGAUUAUUUCAACAAGGCAAUGGACAUGAUAGAGAGGACUGCCAGCGCAUCACAAAAUCAUCAACCUGGCGUGUUGGAGCAUAUAUCAUAUUUAGCGAGCUUAGAAAGAACUCAAUCGACAAUACCGCCAAUGCCAUCAGUCGCGCAGCCGAGGAUGGAGAGAUUCGCAGAGGCAGGACAAACAGUAGCACAAAAUUCGAAAAGUUUCAAAGAUAUUGUACAAGAAAAAUGUGAAAAAAGAGGUAUAUUAUUUAUGAAAAUACCAAAUAGAUAUAAAGAAGGCAAACAAGUAUACAAAGUGGGCAACAUUCAGGCGUAUAUCGAUGGUAAUUUGUUGUUUGUUUCUCAUAAUGGUACGAAUUGGAUACCAACGCCUUUAAAUGCCUUGCUAGAUAUGUCCGAACUUUAAGAUAAUAGAUUUGAUGUAAUAUAAUAAAAUUAUGGGUUUAAAUAUAUGUAUUUGGGUGUAAAUAUUUCCAAUAUAUAUGUAUGUAUGUUUACAUUAUAUAUAUAUAUAUAUAUAUAUAUAUAUAUAUAUAUAUAUAUAUAUUUUGGAGAAAUUAAUCAUUACAUUAUUAUUUUAUUUAUAUUGAUUCACAUAUUCGUGAUGUAUACUUAAGUCUAAUUGUACUGCGAUUGUGUUUUACUUUUGUGUGUGUGACGCUGCCACAAAGAUUUUACUAGAAUACAUAAUAACAGUACAUAACAAUAAUUAUAAGAUUAUAUAAUAUUUUGACACAUACAUAUUUUUUACUUAGUUUUUUAUGUUAAAGAAUCAACUAUUUUAUAUGAAAUUAUGAGAUAUAUUUCAAUAUUAAACGUCAUCAAAUAAUUUUUUUUGCCAUGUAUAUAUUAUCGACUUCUGUUCAAAGAAUUGUACGCGUGUGUGGGCGUCCCUGUUUAUCCCACUGCUGAAGCGAAGCGUAGCUUUGAAACUUCUCGAUAUGGAAAGUUGCAAGCGACUCCCGCGGAAUAUACAGGGUAGACCGAAAAAUAUACAUGAGAAAAGAUCGUUUGAUAAAAUUUGAAAUUUACUCUUGCUUUAAGAAAUGCUUUCCAAUGUAGCUUUAUAUUAAAUUUAAUUAAAAUCAUAUAAGUUGAAUAAAUUCUUGAUUAAAGAUAAUCGCGAUAAAAGAAAUAGAUUUAAUACAUGUAUAUUUUAUUAUAGGCUCAAUCAAAACCAUAUUUCUAUUAAAUGUUGAAUAUUGA